AUGUACCAUAAGAUCGUUCCUUUCCAAUUUGGUUCAUCAGCUAGGCUCCCUGAGCUUGGGGAUGCAUGGUGUGAUACGGAAGUACUAGAUGGUCAAGUUCCAGUGGAUGGUGUUUUCUCCACAAGAAAGUGGAAUUUUUUCUAUGGACAGCAGCUUGUGAGGCUAAUUUUGAUCAGGGAUGAGAUGAGGUGUAGUGUUAUUGAUGCAGUCUCUGUAUUGGGGGAAUAUUUGAAAGAUGACCCAUGGUUGAAGCUCCUCCGUAGCAAAUUAAAGCUAAAUUGUGAAGAGCCAUCUAAAGCACCAGAUACCAUAAUUAAUGUCAUACAGGUACAAAGACCAGUAGAGCCACACCAGUGUUUUGAAAAACGCGCCAAGGUGCAGCAACUUUCAGAGAAGUGA